AUGGUGACGUUCCAGCCGGCCAGCGAGCCUUGGAGCCAAAGAAAGCCAGCCGCUCAACAGUCUCGGGAGAGGAAGCAGCCAGUGGCAUUUGACCCACUCGCGGCGAACGAGGAGCGAAGGCCAUCUGAUCGGCGGCAGCAUGCUGUCCCACCGAACCGCCAUGCGUUGAGAGAAGAGCCUCAGUUGGUUGAGCGGACAGAACCGAGGGAAGAUGCGGUAAGCGAUAUACGUGACCGUGUCCUUCGCCGCGGCCGGUUCGCUGCAGAAGAGGACGAGGACGAGCAAACAGACGAGCGUGCGGCGCGCGCACGGAAGUCGGCCGAGGAAGCACCGAAGCGCGAGAAGGCACGUGCUGGGCGUCGUAGGGAUGAGGAUGACAACGAGGAAGAGGACGAGGCCGCCGCGGCGCGAGACGAACGUAAUGCGCGCAAAGCCGCUCGCAAAGCGCAGAAAGCGCAAGAACAGGCGGUCAAAGCAGCUGAGAAGCGAGCCGAGAAGGCGCGAAGAGCGGAGCAAGGCCCUCUCGUUCACCUGUCUGACUACGUGUCCGUAGCGACACUGGCACAAACGCUGGGAGUCCGGUACGAGCAGUUCGUCACCCGGCUCGAGAGGUUGGGCUACGAUGAUCUGUUUCCCGGCAAAGUGCUGAAUGCGGAGACAAGCGGCAUGAUUGCUAUGGAGUACGGCUUCGAGCCUGUCUUCGGCAGCGAAGAAGGUGCCGCGGCUGAGGCAGAGGAAAGAGAUCUCAAAGCUCGACCGCCGCUUUCGGACGAGGAUAAGGACUUCGUGCCCAGUCGUCCGCCGGUUGUGACGAUUAUGGGCCAUGUCGAUCACGGUAAGACGACUAUUCUGGACUAUCUACGCAAGUCGAGUAUUGCGGCGGGAGAAGCGGGAGGCAUUACGCAGCACAUCGGCGCGUUUUCUGUGCCGUUAGCGAGUAGUGGGAAGACGAUUACGUUCCUCGAUACACCGGGUCACGCAGCGUUCUUGGCAAUGCGGCAGCGCGGUGCGAACGUGACGGAUAUCGUCAUCUUAGUCGUGGCGGCGGAUGAUUCCGUCAAGCCGCAGACGCUGGAAGCGAUCAAGCAUGCCAAGGCCGCGAAUGUGCCUAUGAUUGUGGCGGUGAACAAAAUUGAUAAGGAAGAGGCGGAUUUGCAGCGUGUGAAGCAGGAUCUGAGCCGGCAUGGGGUGGAGAUUGAGGACUUUGGGGGCGAGACGCAGGUCGUGCCUGUCAGUGGCAAGACCGGGCAGGGAAUGGAGGAGCUGGAGGAGAAUGUGGUUACGCUGAGCGAGAUACUGGAUCACCGGGCUGAGACUGAGGGGCCGGUGGAGGGGUGGGUGCUGGAGGCUACGACGAAGAAGGCGGGGAGAGUCGCUACGGUGCUUGUACGGAGGGGUACGCUUAGGACUGGCGCGGUGUUGGUUGCUGGGCACACGUGGGCGAGGGUUAGGACGUUGCGGAAUGAAGCUGGGCAGACGGUGCCCGAGGUUGGGCCAGGUAUGCCUGUUGAAGUGGAUGGGUGGAGAGAUCAGCCUGCUGCGGGUGAUGAGGUACUCCAGGCCCCGACGGAGCAGAAGGCGACGGAUGUUGUGGAGUAUAGGCUGGAGAAGGAGGAGGCUAAGCGGACGGCGGAGGAUAUGGAGGCUAUCAACGAGGCUCGCAGGCUUGAGGGUGAGAAGCGGGAGCGUGAACGUGCGGCCGAGCGGGCAGCUGAGGCGGCGAAACGGCGUGGACUUGAUGAUGAGGAUUCCGAGACUCUCGCUCGCGCAAACAGUGCCGGUGCUGUGAGUGCGGAGGCCGAACAGCAGAGCGGUCAGCUUACUGUGCCUUUGAUCAUCAAGGCCGACGUCUCGGGAUCUGCAGAAGCAGUAUCGGCAUACAUCCAGACCCUGUCAUCGCCGCUCAUCAUGCCGAAGAUUCUACGCUCACAGGUCGGACCCAUCAACCCCUCCGACAUCGAACUUGCGGACGCAGCGGGAGGGCACAUCAUCGCUUUUAACCUGCCUUCUGACGAGGGCAGCAAGGGGCAAGCGGAGAGCAAAGGCGUCAAAGUGCUUGAGAACAACAUCAUCUAUCGCGUGCUUGAUGACGUGAAAGCAGUCAUGGAAGAGCGGCUGCCUCCUAUCGUUACGCAGCGAGUACUUGGUGAGGCGGAGGUGGGGCAGGUAUUCGAGAUCGGUGUGGGCGGGAGGAAGAAGGUCAAGAUCGCUGGAUGUAAGGUACGCAACGGAGUCGUCGCGAGAGGAAGUAGGGUCAGGGUGUUGAGGGGGAGCGAGAAGAUCUAUGAUGGUACGAUCAACUCGCUCAAGAACGUGAAGAAGGACGUCCAAGAGAUGCGCAAAGGCACUGAGUGCGGGAUGGGCUUCGAGGAGUGGGAGCUGUUCGAGGCCGGUGAUCAGAUCCAGACGUAUGAGGAGGUUAGUGAGCGGAGGCGGUUGUAG